UUCCUUUGCUAGGAUCUGGGCUGACAUCAUAUCGCCAAGGAGAACAGCACUGCACCUGCGACCAAACAGAACUUUCUCUCAUUUAUCCACCAUCGAUCUGAUUCACCCUUCGAAGAAGAAGAAGAAGAAGGAGAGAGAGAGAGAGAGAGAGAGAGAGAGAAGAUAUGCUUCUGGCCGUACUGAUCGCCAACUCCGAGGGCAACAUCCUCGUCGAACGGUUCAAUGGAGUUCCAGCUGAGGAACGUUUGCACUGGCGUUCUUUCCUAGUUAAGCUGGGAGCAGAGAACCUUAGAGGUGUUAAGAAUGAAGAGCUUCUAGUUGCUUGCCACAAAUCAGUUUAUGUUGUCUACACGGUGCUUGGAGAUGUAAGCAUAUUCCUUGUUGGCAAGGAUGAGUAUGAUGAACUUGCAUUGUCAGAAGCAAUUUUUGUUAUAAACUUGGCCAUAAGGGAUGUAUGUGGGAAACCCCCUACGGAACGCCUUUUCCUGGAUAAGUAUGGGAAGAUCUGCCUUUGUCUGGAUGAGAUUGUAUGGAAGGGGUUGCUUGAGAACACGGACAAGGAUAGAAUCAAACGGCUGAUUCGGAUGAGACCUCCGACUGAUGUGUGAUGCAGAAGCACCUCACCCCAUCUUUACGAUUGUGUAUCAUUUUUGUAUCUCAUGGAAAGAGUUCCAUUUUGUAACUCUUAACUAGAUGCUCUUUUGUGGUCUUGGAGCUUUUAUUUGGGAUGAUACUUUGUUCUUAAUCUUGGUUGGAGGCAUUGAACUCAUUGAAUUUUCUUUCAAGAACAA